AGCAGCGGUGGUGGCGGCGGCGGCGGCGCGGCGCUGUUGUGACAGCAGCUUGGCAGCUGGGACUGGCCUGCCUCCUGCCCCGCUCCCGAGCGGGGGGCCCGCGCCGGUGUCCCGGGGGCGCGGCGGCGGCGCUCACAGAGAGGAGCCGUGGCGGCGGCAGCGGCGGCCGGGGGCAGCCGGCGUGUCACCGCCUCUAUGAUGAAAUUCAAGCCGAACCAGACGCGGACAUACGACCGGGAGGGCUACAAGAAGCGGGCGGCGUGCCUGUGCUUCCGCAGCGAGCGGGAGGACGAGGUGCUGUUGGUAAGCAGUAGCCGAUACCCAGAUCAGUGGAUUGUACCAGGUGGAGGAAUGGAACCGGAAGAAGAGCCAGGGGGAGCAGCCGUGAGAGAGGUGUAUGAAGAGGCUGGAGUAAAGGGAAAGCUAGGCAGACUACUUGGGAUAUUUGAGAACCAGGAUCGGAAGCAUAGGACAUAUGUUUAUGUUCUUACUGUGACGGAAAUACUGGAAGACUGGGAGGAUUCAGUUAAUAUAGGAAGGAAAAGAGAAUGGUUUAAAGUAGAAGAUGCAAUCAAGGUCCUUCAGUGUCACAAGCCUGUUCAUGCAGAGUAUUUGGAAAAACUGAAACUGAGCUGUUCACCCACCAAUGGAAACUCUGGGGUUCCCCCUCUUUCAGAUAACAACUCCCUAUAUGUCACUUCUGCACAGACUUCUGGGUUGCCCUCUACUGUGAGAUAAACAUUUGGAUUACCUUUUUAUUCAUGCCAUCACGUCGGGAGACAUCUGUGAUCACAUGUAGGCAUCUGUAUAACUGUCCGUUCUAAGUGAAAUAUGUGAAUGUGUCAUAAUGUCAAAUUUAUUUGAACAUGUUUUUCUUUUUUAACAAUGUAAAAUAGUAUUUCAGCAAACCAAAGCCAUAUAGGGAUUUUUUUAAGAUGCCUUAAUAGGCCAUUUAAAAAAAUACUUGAGUAUAUAAAUUUCCAUAUCUGCUAAAAUAAAAUAUGCAUCUCAGUGGUGUUCAGCUUAUUUAAGACUUGUGAGUUUUAGUCAGUAGUUAAAGCUUGAGCAAAUAGUCUUUUACUAAACUCUUAUUUGGUAUCCACAGAUGAAGUGCUAGGAUCUUAAGCUGGCAGUAAUUGAAUAAAUGGAUGUGCUGAAGGCAGAGAUGCAUAAGGGUGACUACAAUAAAGCCCUAAACCACAUUCAGCCAGUCAAGAGCAAAGGAUACCGACACUAAGCACUGCUUGCCUCAGUUAUCCAAAAGGUUGCCUUGUCCUAUGCAAUCUUCAUGUAAUGUAUAACUAGAGCAAGAAAAAUAACUUUGUCUUGCAGCUACCAAAACUUGGUCAACUGAUGAACUGUGAGAAGACUUGUGUGAAAAGCAUUGUAGAUCCCCCUUCCACCCACUUUUUUCCUUUUAAUAUUGAUACAUGUUUUGUUUGUGGUAUAAUUACUCUGCAGGUUCCAAAAACUUCUAAUCUUCAAUUAGAAGCAUCUCAUGUAGUGUUCCUGCAGUCUGUUACAAUUUUAAAAUGUUUGGAAGAAAGUAAGACUUAGCCAGGGGGCACCAUUACCUUACAAAGGUGUCUAUUAGCAACCAUGUGUUGAGGUGUCUUGCCCUGCAAGGAGCUCGUAAUGCUACCUCCCAGGCUUGAGACAGGAUACUACACUAGUAGGGAAAUAAUACUCCUUUGUCUUAUUUAGAGGGUGGGUGUGCUGAAAACCCCAAUUUUAAGUUAAUUAUUAAAUCCUUCACCUCUAGUGUUUUAACAUCAAUUUCUUUAGAUUCUUCCAACUAAAAGCUGGCCUCUUGAUUAAAAAGUUAGUUGGAAUAAAUGAGGUACAGCUGACAACUACCCUGUUCUUAAUUAUUUUUUCCUCUUCUUCAGCCAUAAAGAUGAAAAUGAAAUCCACUGUUGGUCUUAAUGUUUUUACCAUAGGAUUUCUCUCUCUCCAUAUGUGUGUGUGUGCAUGAUUUCUUCUACAAGAACACAGUCUAAUUCACAUAAACUUCCUACUUCUGAAUUUUUUCUAGGAUCUAAACCCAACUGUACCUCCUUUAUAUCCAGCCAAAACAGAGGUUGAGGUAGACCACUACCUCACAUGUGAAGUUAAUUCUGAGUAAAGCUCAUUCUCUUAUAUAACAUUUGAACCUUUGUAAAUAGUCCACCUAGUAAAUAGUGAGUGUAAAAUGGAAAAUAAAUGUAAUUUAAACCUUUUGUUACUCAAUACACAAAUGGUUAACUUCUACUUUUUUAACACAAAUUGUGGAAAAUGCUGCUAUGAAUUUUUUUGUGCUGUUACACUUUUUUAGGAAAAAAAGGUUGUUGCCACAAGUUACUCUUAGAAAACCAAUCUUGUGCCAUAUGUAAAUGCAGUGAAACUAGGGAGACAGAUGAUCUGAUCUCUUAAUGCUGCUCUCUUUGAAGAGGCAUAAAUACUACUGACAAGAGGCAUGAGCCACAAAGCUGAAGACUUCUGAAAUGGUGGGUAGGAUGCUCCUUUCCAUCUCUCUUAGCUCCUGGUCCAGGUCACUUCCAGAACUGGAAAGAACACGCAACUGUUCCGGUGCACCUAAAGGUGGAAGUAUUGCCAACAGCUUAUCCAUCCUUUCAGAUGUGAGGAGGGGGCCAGGGAAGGAGUGUUGCUAUUUCAUUAGUGCACACACGGGUAUGCCUGCUUUACACUGAACCUGAUGCAGAAUGGGACACCAUUUGCUCAGCUCACUACUUUAAACUAUGAAAUGCACUGUUUUGCCAGGUGAAACAGGAGAAGGUGGAGUUGAGCAUGAUGAAUGUCUGAUCUUCGUUAAAAUCAUACCCAUGGUGUAGAAGGGUACCUCUGGCUCUGAAGCUGCCUUUAAAAGAGUAAAUCAUUUAGCUCCCUUUUUUGAUCACUUUAAUGCUCACUUUUUUGUUCAGUAGUUAUUUUAUCACUUUAAAUUGAGCAAACUUGUACAGGUUUUCUUAUAACAAGAUUAUAUUGAGUCUGUGAAAGCAAAAACAAGAUCGAGUUUUGAGUUCUUAUUCAUAAAAAAAUGCGUUGUCUCCAUUUCAGAUUCUUGGAAUGAAACCAAUCCAAGCUUGUAUGAGAUUUAGUGGUAAUGCAUGACCUUAUUUUGUAACUCCUGAAUUAUGUAUUUGAUAAUAAUGUAAAAUGUACAGUGUUGCUGUUGCUAACAAACUCAAGAGUUGAUUGCCUAUAAAUAUUUUGAUUUUUUUUUUUUUUUGGUCACACACAUUUGAGCUGUUCAGUAGUGCCAUUUUUUUUUUUUUACACAGCAUUUGUUGUAUAAAUCUAUUCAGUCUCUAUGCAACCUUCAGAAUGAAGCUCUACUGCUUAGUUUGACUUCUUCUCCCUUUCAAAGAUAAGUGUUUUGUGAAUUGAAAUGUAAACUGAAAACACUUCAGUUAUGCUACAGGGAACAACUGUGGUAAAGGGACAGCGGUAUGGCUUCAGUACUAAUGAAAUCUGACAACAGAAAGGGUCUGUGUAAAAAUGAAAAUAGGAAGGCUACAGUUUUUUCUACUAUCAAUUUAAAUGUAGAAGCAUUUUGUUAUUACAUGAAUCUCUAUUUUGAUGGGCCAAACCUAUUUCAUACAGAUUUGGGAUUUUUCUCAUGCCAUAAAUUCUGUACAAUGUAUCCAGAUCUGGUUCUCCUGAGGAGAAAGGGAAGAGACAGGUUGUCAUCUGCAAUUGUCAGUGUACUUUGUACUGCUGCUUUUUGUGACUGUUAGGUUUUGAGAUUCUCACGAGUUAAGAUUGUGGUGGUAUCAAAGAAAAAGGAGCCUUAAAGUUCAAAACCACUUGGAGCCAGAAUUAAGUGAAAUGGAUGUGCUUUAAACACCACAAGAAAUACCGAGCUAUUGCAGAGAGGCUGUUCAAAUGAAAACUCUUAUUUUGGUGCUUACUGCACCCUUGACUUAGCCUAGCAUUGUUCUGUUAAGUGUGCUGUGAAAAAAACCUGAGGGACAGACACUUGGGUUACGAAGUGAAAACUGAAGGGAAGGGGGGGAAAUUAAGUUGUAAACAUUUUGACCUGCUUGCAUGGAUUUUCUUUCAAGAUCGAUGUAAGAAUUUUGACUUUUUAUAUUCGAGAAAUACCAGAAUAAAAUCUAAAUUAGUCCUGUGGA